AAGCAUUUUUCCAUUAUAAAUUUAAUUUCGGUUUUGUUUCCUUUUCAACUAUGGAUUGUGCGUCAAAACAGCUAUAUGCUUCUCCCCUUCCCUUUUGCCCUUUCGCACGAUAUACCAACAAUGAAGAGGAGUUUCAAUUGAUACAUUUCGGAGAGUCAUCAAUUCAUUCUGACGCCGAGUACGACAAGUCUUCACAACUAUCCUCACCUCACUUCCGUCCAUUAGAUUGGUGCAACAAAAUAGAGGGAAAAUGGUGGUGUGGAGUGUGUCGUGGAAAGGUAGACAUAGAUUAUGGAAGGUAUUCUUGCUUGAAGGGUUGCAGCUAUGGGGUUCAUUCUAAAUGUGCAACACGGAAAGAUGUAUGGGAUGGAAAAGAACUUGAGGAAACACCAGAAGAUGCAUAUGAAGAAGAUGUUAAGUCGUUUAAUGAGAUAAGUGACGGAAUCAUACAACAUUUCAGUCAUCAAAACCAUCAUAUGAGACUUAAUGUGGUGACUGAUAGAACAUUUGACGAGAACAAAUGUUGUCAAGCAUGCACACUUCCUAUAUGUGAUGGUUUUAUUUACAAUUGUAUGCAAUGUGAUUUUGUUCUCCAUCAAGAAUGUGCACAUCUUCCUCGUAAGAAACAACAUGCGAUACAUCCCCAUCCCCUUAGUUUACAAGUGGAUCAUCAAGACGGUUGGUUCACAUGUGAAGUUUGUGAUCGUAGAAGCAAUGGUUUUGGAUACUUGUGUUGUGAAAGCGAAUGUGAUUUCAUGUUAGAUGUGUGUUGCGCUUCUAUAAAUGAGGCAUUGGAUAACCCGCAUCAUCCACACCCGUUGUAUCUUACAUUUAACCCUGAUACUUUGCAAUACUGUUGGAUUUGCCAAAAAUUGGGAGGUAUGCGUCUAAAUUGUGGAGAAUGUACUUUUGUUUUGUGUUUUGGUUGCGCCACCUUGCCAACUAAAUUGAGGUACAAGCAUGAUCCACAUUUUCUUAUAUUUGCUUAUGAUAUAUACGCAAGUGGUAAGCAUGUGUGUGAUGUUUGUGAAAAAGAAGCUGAUUCAAAGAAUGGAAUUUAUACUUGCAAUGAGUGCAACGCCACAUUGCAUAUUCAAUGUUUACUUGGAGUUACAGAGGACAUGUAUAUGAUGCCUAGGGGAGAAUUCAUAUUCCGUGAACUAGAUGUUAACGUUCUUCCCAAUAAUCGUCUUACUCGCAACAUAUGCAGGUGUUGCCACAAUCGUUGUACGAAUAAAGUAGUCUACAAAUUAUCUGAUACAAUAAAAUUAUGCUCUCUAUUCUGUAUAUAUGAAUGGUGGCACAUAAAGUAUUAUUCUACUAUAUGAUUUGGUUUAAAACUUGAACGUAACAUUUAUUUCCCUAUUUUUAGUACGAAUAAAGUUAUUUCUAUUAUGUGAAAUGAACUUAGUGCAGUGGCCAAAGGUAAGUCCUUAAUUCACAAGGCACCAUCAUAUCCGGGAUCGAGUCUCGCUCUCUACGAAUGUAGGGAUUAGGCUAAUGGGCCGGCCUGUUGUGGCCCAAUG